UUGACAUUUUGGAAAUAAAUGACAGUUGUCCGUGCCCGUGGUCGUGAAUUUGCGAUUUUUUUCUUGCGAGUUUGAUAUCUUUUAUUUGUGCCGCAACUCAAAUUUGUCUGUCUGUUGUACUGAUUGUAUGCCAGUUCAACCAUCUCCAGUCGUAGUUCCUUGUGCAAAAAUUGUUUUUGAUAUUUAAAUAAGUCGACUGCGAAAACAAGUGCAAAACUUAGCCAAACAAACUGACUGACGUUGUGAGUGAAAAUGUCAAAAUCUAGCGUUGGCGAUAAAAUUUUGAUACGAGUUCAGACGGCGGAGGGCAUAAAACGUAUCGAAAUUUCGCCGAAAGCUAAUUUGAAAGAGCUUUUCGAGACGGUACAACAAACCCUUAAAGUUGAUGGCUUCGGACUCUUCAAGGAGCGCAAUUUUCUUACAGAAUUGCAUUCUAGUCAUUCGCUGAAAAUCGGAUCUAUUCUCAAACAUGGCGACAUGCUAUUCUUGAAAAAAAUAGCUGGAGGUUCGAUUCGUCGUACUAGCACCACAGCUAUAGAUGACUUUGAAAGCUCUAGCACUACUUUACCGCCCACAAGUGUUUCUAAACUUUUUCAACCUUCAGCCGCAGUGGUGGAAGAUGAAGUGGAUCAGACUCUAUCUAAAAUGGAUGGAUUAAUUGAACGCGCACGCGAUCCGAAACUUUGCCGUCACAAUGCUAACGGCCGUUGUGUUCAUUGCUCACCAAUCGAACCAUACGAUGAUAACUAUUUAAAGGAGCAGAAAAUCAAGCACUUAUCCUUCCAUUCGUUCAUACGCAAGCAAAAGUCAGGGAUUGAUCGCGGUAAAUAUGUAGGAUUUGAUGAUAUCAAUUGCCGUAUUAAGCCCGGUUGUCGUGAACAUCCACCAUGGCCCAAGGGUAUCUGUUCCAAAUGUCAGCCUUCGGCCGUAACCUUGAAUCGCCAAAUUUAUCGACAUGUCGAUAAUAUUAUGUUUGAGAAUCCAACUAUAGUUGAACGCUUUCUGGACUAUUGGCGCACCACAGCACAUCAGAGAAUGGGUUUUCUUUAUGGCACUUAUGAAGUGCAUGCUGAUGUACCACUUGGCAUACGUGCAACCGUUGCAGCCAUUUAUGAGCCGCCGCAAGAAUCUACACGCGAUUCUAUUCGUUUACUGGACGAUGAAGCGAUUGCUGAGGUGGAUGAGUUAGCACAAGCUUUGGGUUUGAAGAAGGUUGGUUGGAUAUUUACCGACCUUAUCACUGACGAUCCAGCUAUUGGAAGUGUGAAGCAGUUGCGUGGCAUUGAGACACAUUUCCUCACUGCGCAAGAAUGCAUCACAGCUGGCGAAUUGCAAAAUCGUCACCCCAAUCCAUGUAAAUAUGGUUCUAGUGGAUACUUUGGAUCGAAAUUUGUCACUGUGUGUGUAACAGGCGAUAGCAGCAAGCAAGUGCAUACAGAGGGUUAUGCUGUGUCAGCUCAAUGUAUGGCUUUGGUGCGUGACAAUUGCCUAAUACCUACAAAAGAUGCACCCGAAUUGGGUUAUGUACGCGAAUCAACGGAUAAGCAAUAUGUUCCGGAUGUUUACUAUAAGGUAAGUGAUUCGAAGUGA